ACUGCCAGUGCUGUGCCGGAUCAGCUGCUGGACCAACAGGAAGGGGUGGAGCUGCUGCGCGGCUGACUGCUUAGCCGGCAGCUGACCACAGCGAAGGGUAAUCGGGUGUCCCCAGCGCACUCGGGGCCCUGAGGGCCAGCCAGGCCUAGGCCAGUGCGGACCGGAGGGGCAAACCGACCCUGUCCGGGAAGCCUGGCAAUGCCCUGCCACGGAGUGUCACCAGGCCACGGCCACCCCAGGUCCGGCUGGGAUCAGGGAUUUGAGAGACCCCCAGAAGCCUCCAGUCUGGGACGCCUGUGGAUCGCCCUAAGCCUGACGCUGGUGCUGAUUCUGUGUGACUCCAUGAUGUUCUGGGCUCCUGCCGGAGCGCAUCCUCUUCCUGCUCAAAACUACCCUUCCAGGUUCAGUGGCGCGGCGCCCCAGCUCCAGGCCGCCUUUGGGUGGUGGAACCUCACUUGUCCAGUCUGCAAAGGCCUGUUCACCGCUAUCGACUUCGGGCUGAAGAAGGAACCUAAUGUGGAGCGCCUGGGCUCCGUGGCCACCUCGCUGUGCAAGCUACUAAAGAUAGCGCCCCCCAACGUGUGCGAGUCCGCUGUGCGUCUCUUUGAGGACGACAUGGUAGAAGUAUGGACCCGUUCGGUGCUGAGCCCAUCUGAGGCCUGUGGCUUGCUCCUGGGCUCCACCUGUGGGCACUGGGACGUCUUCUCGUCUUGGAAUGUUUCUUUGCCAGCAGUGCCAAAGCCACCCCCCAAGCCACCCAGCCCACCAGCCCCGGGUGCCCCUGUCAGCCGCAUCCUCUUCCUCACUGACCUGCACUGGGAUCAUGACUACCUGGAGGGCACAGACCCUAACUGUGUGGACCCCUUGUGCUGCCGCCGGGGCUCUGGCCAGCCCCCUACCUCGAAGCCGGGCGCUGGAUACUGGGGCGAGUACAGCAAGUGUGACCUGCCCCUGCGGACCCUGGAGAACAUGUUGAGUGGGCUGGGCCAGGCUGGCCCUUUUGAUAUGGUGUACUGGACAGGAGACAUCCCUGCCCACGAUGUCUGGCAGCAGUCCCGAAAGGAUCAGCUGCGGGCCCUGAACACCAUCACUGACCUCGUGAAGAAGUUCCUCGGGCCGGUGCCAGUCUACCCUGCUGUUGGCAACCACGAGAGCACUCCUGUCAAUAGCUUCCCUCCCCCCUUCAUAAAAGGCAACCAGUCCUCCAACUGGCUGUAUGAGGCCAUGGCCCAGACCUGGGAGCCCUGGCUGACCACUGAAGCCCUUCAAACCCUCAGAAUUGGGGGAUUCUAUGCCCUCUCCCCACGCCCUGGCCUCCGCCUCAUCUCUCUCAAUAUGAAUUUUUGUUCCCGUGAGAACUUCUGGCUCUUGAUCAACUCCACAGAUCCUGCUGGACAGCUCCAGUGGCUCAUAGGAGAGCUUCAGGCUGCUGAGGACAGAGGAGACAAAGUGCAUAUAAUCGGCCACAUUCCCCCAGGGCACUGCCUGAAGAGCUGGAGCUGGAAUUAUUAUCGAAUUGUGUCUAGGUAUGAGAACACUCUGGCUGGUCAGUUCUUCGGCCACACACACGUGGAUGAGUUUGAGAUCUUCUAUGAUGAGGAGACUCUGAGUCGGCCUCUGUCCGUAGCUUUCCUGGCACCUAGCGCCACCACCUACAUCAGCCUUAACCCUGGGUACCGGGUCUACCAAAUCGAUGGAAACUACCCCGGGAGCUCCCACGUGGUCCUGGAUCACGAGACCUACAUCCUGAACCUAACGCAGGCAAAUGUGCCGGGAGCCACGCCGCACUGGCAGCGCCUCUACAGGGCUCGGGAAACCUACGGGCUGCCCAACGCACUGCCUGCCGCCUGGCACGACCUGGUAUACCGCAUGCGGGAUGACACGCAGCUCUUCCAGACCUUCUGGUUUCUCUACCACAAGGGCCACCCGCCCUUGGAGCCCUGCGGCACACCCUGCCGCCUCACCACUCUGUGCGCCCAACUCUCCGCCCGUGCUGACAGCCCAGCGCUCUGCCGCCACCUGGUGCCCAAUGGGACUUUCCCAGAUGUCCAGCGCUGGUCGCCAAGGCCCGCAUUCUGCUAGGACCUCAGGUACAGUCGGGAACGCUUGUUCAUGUCUUAGGAAAGCAGCAAAAGCCCAGAGCGCUGCUGCCAUUCAACCUGGCAAGGACAUCCUGUGGAAGAGCCUAUCCUCGGGCCCCAAGGAUGCCUCGAAACAGGACGUUCCUUCCUGGAGCCAGGCUGGCCACAUGUGGGAGCGGGCUUGCCUGCUCUCUAUGUACCCAGGACCUAGACUGCUGUCCAUUAUCACAGCCACGGAACAGAGGCCGAAGUGCCUUGGACAGCCAGACAGGAGCUGUCACUUGAGGUCGAUGCUACUGCUACCUGAUCUGCCAGGAUGAUGAAAUAAAGAUAAAGAGACUUGGACUCCA